AUGUGUUUAAAGAAUAACGUAGUUUAUUAUGCGAAGGAAAACCUCAAUCUGUUGUUGAACGAUGCGUUAUUUAUCAAGAGUCAGAAAGUCAUUAACAAACAUCUAGUAGAUAUUUCAGCGGACUGGGACCCUCUUCUGCAGGUGAACCUGCUGGCCGACAGUGAUCUGCGCUUCGCACCCGCCGACCGCCAAGCACCACCGCGACCUUCCACGGACAUCUACUUCCCGCGCCCGCCGUUUGAUGUGGCGCCCGGGGCCACCGCCACCGCCACCACCACUGCUCGUCCGGCGCCCGCCCUCGGCAUCACGUCCGCCGUAUACAGACCCCUGGGAGCGCUAGCGGCAUCGAGCAGCGGCGCCGACGGAGGUGGAGGAGCGCUGAGUGGGCGCAGGAGGGCGAGGCCUUUCAGUUUGAUGCUGGACAUCUAUCCAAUGCCGCCCGCAGAGUACGCGGCCGCGGCGGCCGCCAAUAUCCCCGCGCGCGGGCCGCGCCCGCACCCUGCUGCGCCCGCGCCCGCGCCCGCGCACAUGGUGGUGCACCUCAACUUGUACCCGCGCGUGCGCGGCGGAGCGCGCUCCAACAGCAGGAGCGACGGCCCGGAGCCCGUGGCGCUGGCAGAGCAGUCGGGGCCCACGUUUCAUAUCAGCGUGCGGCCUGGCGGCGGCGGUGGCGAAGAGGUGGCGCUGGAGGGCGACGCUGGUUGCGCCUACGCGCAAGGUAGCGGCGGCGGCGGCGCUUGGGCCUCCGGCGACUGGGCGGAGCUCCUCGCCCAGCUCCACAAAAUUUGCGUUCGUCGGCAACCGGCGGUGGCGGCGGCGCCGGCGGCGACCAACACCCGCGAGCCACCGGAUCUACAGGAGCGGGCGUCACGGGGCAGUGAACACGAGAUUCUAACUGAAUUCCUCGGGCGAUCAGCAGCGGCAGCCCAACAGCCUUUGAUGCCAUCACAGGACAUACCUAUAGAGCCCACCGCUCCCGAAAUGGACUCCAGCGGACCCGAGCACACUGCUUUCGUACCGUCUGCACCGGGACCGGACCCCACCGCGGAGGCGCACACCGCCAUAGACCACACUGCGACGGGGCGUUCCAGUGCCAAGCAUUACGUCGCGCAGGGCUUAGACGAGACAUUCACAGCUGUGGACCCGUCUGGGGUGGCGCACACUAUCCUGCCCUCUGCGGGCGGCGACACACCCGCCAACCAGCUGCCAUCCCUCGAGCAAGAAACACACGGAUACGCGCCCUCGCGGUAACCGAGAUAUCGUUUUGGUGCUUACAAGGGAACGGCAUGACCGUAUAAUGCAGUUUCAGGUUGUAACUUAAACGAACUGUGAGGCUUAAUUCAAUCCUAAAUAUUAAACCCACAGUUACAAAAAUAAACGUCAACUUCAAUUUUUGGUUUGGCUUAUUUCACGUUUCUAAAAAUCCAUUACUAAUCCUUUAAAAACGAACUUCUGAACGCUAGUUGUUGAUUUAACUCGGAUUUCAAUGAAACAACAAAGGGGAUGACAAUAUCGAACAAUGGAUUUUUGAUUUGUAAUAUGUGUAUUGUGUACAAAAGCUUAAAUGUUUCACAUUCUUGAAGUCAAUUUCUUCUAAACCGCUUAUCGUACCAAACAUGCUCUAAUGGAGACGUGAUUCAAUUACUUUUAGCACUGCAUUCGUCAAAUCAUCAAAGACAUUGAAAUGCGUUUCUUUUGCAGUCGACACUCGAUACGGCCCUUGAUUGGUUUUCAACACGCGAAAGCGGAUGGCGUAUUUUAGGGAACUCUGUAUUUAUUUUUGUUCGCGUUAUUAUGUAAGUAGUAAAGGGAAGCGGAAAUCAGCCAAUUUUUCAGAGAAAUCUCUAAUUGUCGGUCCUUAGUAACAUUAAAGUAAAGGCUGUAAAGUAAAUUACUUUCUCUAACUCGUUGUGUAGUCAUAACCCAUGUUUUAUGACUAUUUGAUACCGAAAAAUCGAUUGAAGGCAAAAUGCCGGUCCGGCCUAAACUAUUUCUCCAGAACUCCAAACUAUUUCGCUAUUUCUCCAGAACUCAUAUUUCCCGAAGGAACUGAACUAACUCGAGGCCCUGAUAGUUUGAAACAGAUAUUUUGUUUUGGGAGGUACUUUACAAGAAGCCUCAAUAGCAAUUUCAAAAUUUUCUCAAAAAAUGACAUCAUUUUUUUAAUGUUAAUUUUUAAGUUCUCGGAGUGCGUAAAUAACUUUUAAGAAUGUUGCAGGAAUCAUUUUCGUUGAUUUCGAUUUCGAAAUUUGCAAAAGUUCAUUGUUUUUCAAUAUCUCUCUUCAAGUAUACAGACGUGUUCAAAUUAUCAGACUAAAGCAUGUCUUUUCUAAUUUUCAUGAUAUAAUUGAAGAGAAACGCUGUUAAGUGUGAGGUCCUGGCAGAUUGCUCAUUGUCGAAAAGAAACAUGAGGCAUAGCAAUAUAAAAAUAUCUAAAGAAGAACUUUUUCGGCAAAUUCAUGGGUUUUUGUCCAAUAAUGGAAGUGGCCAUUUUCAGCCUUGGCAAAAAUGAAGCCAGUCCGCAGUAAAGAAAAAAAAUCUUCAAGAAAUUAGAAGGAAAGCAAUUUAAAAGGUGUUACAUAUGGUGAAUUGGAAUAGUUCGACUUGACACCCAAAAGUAUUGAGAGGUAUUGACAAAGUCAAGUUGAGGGGAAUACGUGAAUACGGAAUAAAAGAAGCGCGUAGACUAACUAGGGGAAUUAUUGGUACCAAGCGCUAUGAAAUUAAAACUCAGGUGAAAAGUUGGUAAACAUUAUCCAAAAAGGAUAGGAUGGAAAAUUAAAAUAAAUGUCAAAUAACGAAAAGUCUAUAACUAAUAAUU